UUUCCUCCUCGAUGUUGCCAAGGGACCAUAAACCUUGAGCUGCGCCGGUCGCUCCUCCCGGCGAGCAAACUCUAUUUUUCUGAACUCAAGGUCAACCGGUUGUCAGACCCAAACUUAACAGACUGCUCCCAAUGCACAAGCUACGUCGGCCUUGAGGACACCAUCCGGGACACAGCCGUAUAUCCAUGUUGCGACGCCAAAACAUGUGUUGCAUGCAGAGCAUCCCGGACUCUGCGAUAG